UUCUCUCUCUUUCGAAUAAAAACGGAGCUUUCUUCACUCUCGCUAGCUACUCUCUCUCUCUCGCGCGCGCGCGCGCACACCGACUAGCAGUGCAUACGGACAGGGAUUGUGAGCGUAUAUAGUGCGGCGUGUUGAGCUGUGGAUUUCUAUAUUUAGAGAGAGAGAGAGAGAGAGAGAGAGAGAGAGAGAGGCGAUGGAUGCGUAUGCUCUGCACUUGGCGGUGGCGGCGCUCGUUGGAGCGUCUGUGGUGGCGGUCUCGGCGUACUACGUGCACCGGAAAACCCUAAAUCAGCUGCUGGAGUUCGCGAAGGCGGUGGACCGGGGGGACAGGGAGAGGGAGGAGGCGGCCGAGGAGGACGCCGCAGCCGGCGACUCCCCUCGCCUGCAGCAGCAGCAUUUGAGGAAGGGUGCGCCCGCGGCCGAGAGGCGCCGGGGACACGGCCGGAGGAAGGGGAACGGCUAUUACCGCCGUGCCUCGGCGUCGAUGCCUGACGUGAUGGUGAUUUCCGGCGACGGCGAGGGAGAUGUGCCGCGGAAUGGGACUGUUGCGGUCGACGGCGUGCCGCCAGGUUUGCCGAGGCUGCACAGUCUUCGUGAAGGGAAAUCCCCUGGCCAUGCAAGUUCAAACAAAAGAUCUGGGCAUCUAAUUAGACCAACUUCUCCAAAGUCCCCUGUUGCUAGUGCUAGUGCUUUUGAAAGUGUGGAAGGAUCAGAUGAUGAAGAUAAUACAGCUGACAGUGCUAAAAUAACUGCAUAUAUGCAUGCUAAUGGAAAUGCUGUGCCAGAGUGUAAUAACCUGUUCAAGGAUUUACCGAACCAAAAUACUUCCAAUGGUGAGCAAAUUUCUGUAGCUGCGUCAAGUAUGAUCCGCACCCAUAGUGUAGCUGGUGAUCUGCAUGGUGUUCCACCUGAUCCUGUAGCAGCAGAUAUUCUUAGGAAAGAGCCAGAGGAUGAAACUUUUGUACGGCUGAACAUUAGCCCGAAUGAGGUACCAUCACCUGAGGAGGCUGAGGUCUAUAGGAAUCUGCAAGCUUGUCUUAAACUGCGACAAAAAUAUCUAUUCAAGGAAGCAAUUGCUCCAUGGGAGAAAGAAAUUAUAUCUGAUCCAUGUACACCAAAGCCUAUUCCAAAUCCAUUUGAUUACACUUCUGAGGGGAAAUCUGAUCAUCAUUUUCAGAUGGAAGAUGGAGUAGUUCAUGUUUAUGCAAACAGAGAUUCAACAGAGAAGCUUUUUCCUGUUCCUGAUGCAACAACCUUUUUUACUGACCUUCAUCACAUUCUUAAAGUAAUAGCAGCUGGGAACAUUCGAACAUUAUGUCAUAACCGGCUGGUUCUCUUGGAACAAAAAUUCAAUCUUCAUUUGAUGCUCAAUGCGGAUAGGGAGUUCCUAGCUCAGAAGAGUGCACCACAUCGUGACUUCUACAAUGUUAGGAAAGUUGACACACAUGUUCAUCAUUCAGCGUGCAUGAACCAGAAACAUCUUUUAAGGUUUAUAAAGUCAAAGUUGAGGAAGGAGCCUGAUGAGGUUGUAAUAUUUCGAGAUGGAACAUAUAUGACACUGAAAGAAGUUUUCGAGAGCUUGGAUUUAACUGGAUACGACUUGAAUGUUGACCUUUUAGAUGUCCAUGCUGACAAGAGCACCUUCCAUCGUUUUGACAAGUUCAACUUGAAGUACAAUCCCUGUGGUCAGAGUAGGCUACGGGAGAUUUUCCUGAAGCAAGAGAACCUUCUACAGGCAGGUCGCUUCCUUGCCGAGCUGACAAAGCAAGUUUUUUCAGAUCUAACUGCCAGUAAAUAUCAGAUGGCUGAAUAUAGGGUAUCUAUAUAUGGCAGAAAGAUGAGUGAGUGGGAUCAACUGGCAAGUUGGAUAGUGAAUAACGAAUUAUACAGUGAGAAUGUUGUUUGGUUAAUUCAGCUUCCACGACUGUACAAUGUGUACAAGGAAAUGGGAAUUGUGACAUCAUUUCAAAACAUUCUCGACAACAUAUUUCUUCCUUUGUUCGAGGUUACUGUUGAUCCAGAUUCACACCCUCAUUUGCAUCUUUUCUUGAAGCAGGUUGUUGGAUUCGAUUUGGUGGACGAUGAGAGCAAGCCUGAAAGACGCCCUACAAAACACAUGCCCACACCAGCUCAAUGGAUUAAUAUAUUCAAUCCUGCAUUUUCAUACUAUGUGUACUACUGUUAUGCUAACCUUUAUACUCUGAAUAAGCUCCGUGAGUCAAAGGGAAUGACAACUAUUAAAUUACGCCCACAUUCAGGGGAGGCUGGUGACAUUGAUCAUCUUGCUGCAACAUUUCUUACGGCCCAUAAUAUUGCACAUGGAAUCAACUUGAGAAAGUCUCCUGUACUUCAGUAUCUGUAUUACCUGGCUCAGAUAGGACUGGCUAUGUCUCCUCUAAGCAACAACUCCUUAUUCUUGGACUACCAUCGCAACCCUUUCCCUGUGUUUUUCUUACGUGGCCUCAAUGUUUCCCUUUCUACCGAUGAUCCAUUACAAAUCCACUUAACAAAAGAGCCAUUGGUGGAAGAAUACAGUAUAGCUGCUUCAGUUUGGAAGUUAAGCUCUUGUGACCUCUGUGAAAUAGCCCGCAAUUCAGUCUACCAAUCAGGUUUCUCACAUGCUCUAAAGGCCCAUUGGAUUGGUAGCGAGUACUACAACAGAGGACCCGAUGGAAAUGAUAUCCACAGGACAAAUGUGCCUCGCAUCCGGUUGGAAUUUCGUGAUUUGAUAUGGAGAGAGGAGAUGCAGCUUGUGUAUCUGGGCAAUGCAAACUUCUCUGAAUACCUGGACCCAUAAAUGCUGUUUGCUCAGAAUUUUGCAGACCCGUUGUUUCUGAUGUUUGAAGAGUUGCAGGGGCUUCUUUGUCCACCCUUAACUGUAAGCGAGCGAGCGAGGGUGCGUCAAGAAGCUUGAAGCAAAGAAUGAGAGCAUGGAUAGGGUGGCAGGAGCAAGAGCAGGGCAAUUGUGAAGCUAAGCUGGUGAUGUAAGUAAAAUGGGGAAUGGAGUAUUGGUAAUAUCAUCGACAUGCAUCUUAUGCAUAAUAGACAUAUAUAUAUAUAUAUAUAUAUAGCAUCAACAUCUUGUGCAUGCAUGUAAGGGGACCUUUUAUCCUUGCUUGGAUAAUCGUGGAGCAUCUAAAAUGUCACUUCUGUUGCAUAAAAAGCAUAUAAACUUAUGCAUGAAGUAUUUAACUGUUCUGUUCGUUUAUGGGAUCUUCUAGUGUAAAGGAUGGUAAUGAAUUAAAAAAAAAAAAAAAAAUGUUGGUGCAUAAAUAUGAGGUAGGGAAUAAUUCUCUCUUUUCCCUUGCUCAAGUGCUGCUAUUCAAAGAAUAAUUGAAUGGAUGGUACAGUUUUAGGUUUAAAAAACAAAAAUUAAGAAGUAA